AGACAGACAAUAAAUAGGCAGAGAAGGCUGUUACUGUGUGGUUUUGGAUGAGCGCCGAAACGGUUUGUAGACUUCGCACAUACACAACAGGAUGUAGCAGCGGCGAAAUAAAUAAGAAAGGAGAAGAAAAGCGCGUGCGAAGAACGGAGGUGUAGAUUGUGAGCGUGGACAGAAGCAGAAGCCGACGGUAGCAGGAUUACCCACGGCAGGUUAUGAUGACAGCACCGCGGCCCGAGCUUCUAACCUGAAGUACCGCUCCAUGCGCUUUUGUUUGACGCAACACUGGAUUUUUACGCACUAAACGGACUCUGACUGGCACAGUUCAGAUACUUUUGUAAAAGAGGGGAGCACUGAAAGAAAGAGGACAGGAUGGCGAGCCAGAACGACUGCUGUGUGAAGGUCUCUUUGAGGAUCCGUCCCCAGAUGGCGAAGGAGAAGAUUGAGGGCUGUCACGUGUGUACGUUGGUCACGCCCGGGGAGCCCCAGAUGUUGCUGGGUAAAGACAAGGCCUUCACGUACGACUUUGUGUUCGACAUCGACUCAGCCCAGCAGCAGAUCUAUGCUGCCUGCGUCCACAAACUCAUCGAGGGCUGUUUCGACGGAUACAACGCUACGGUGUUUGCCUAUGGACAGACAGGCUCAGGGAAGACCCAUACCAUGGGGACAGGGUUUGACAUGAACGUGCAAGAGAAGGACCAGGGUAUCAUCCCGCGGGCUGUUCGUCAGCUGUUCCUGGGCAUCCAGGAGAGGAAGACACAGGCCCAGCAGCAGGGCACACACCCUCCAGAGUUUAAAGUCAGUGCACAGUUCCUAGAGCUGUACAAUGAGGAGAUCCUAGAUCUGUUUGACGGAGCCAGAGACCCAGACUGUAAGAGCAGGAAGUCUAAUAUCAAGAUCCAUGAGGAUGGCAGCGGCUCCAUCUACACCACCGGAGUCACCUCACGACUUGUCAACUCAGAGGAAGAGCUGUUACAGUGUCUGAAGCUGGGAGCGUUGUCUCGUACCACGGCCAGUACCCAGAUGAACGCAUCUAGUUCCAGAUCUCACGCCAUCUUCACCAUCAACCUCUGUCAGAUGAGAGUCUGUCAACAAACUGAGGAGAAUGGUGAGGUGAACGGAGGUGUAAAUGAAGGUGUGAUUGGGGAGGUGAACGGAGGUGUAAAUGGAGGUGUGAUUGGGGAGGUGAACGGAGAGGUGAAUGAUGUUGGCGGAGAUGGAGGGUCUAUUACCAAGCCUGAGUAUGAGACUCUGAUGGCCAAGUUUCACUUUGUGGACCUAGCUGGAUCAGAGAGACUCAAACGCACCGGAGCAACAGGAGAACGGGCACGGGAGGGCAUAUCCAUCAACUGUGGACUGCUGGCUUUGGGGAAUGUGAUCAGUGCUCUGGGGGACCAGGCUAAGAAAGGAGGACAUGUUCCCUACAGAGACUCUAAACUAACGCGCCUACUACAGGACUCACUGGGAGGAAACAGUCGUACAUUGAUGAUCGCGUGUGUGAGUCCAUCGGACCGGGACUUCAUGGAGACCCUGAACACACUGAAGUACGCCAACAGAGCCAGGAACAUCAAGAACAAGGUGGUGGUGAACCAAGACAAGACCAGCCAACAGAUGUCUGCCCUGAGGGCUGAGAUUGCCAGGCUACAAAUGGAACUUAUGGAGUAUAAAGCGGGUAAGCGUGUGGCAGGUGAGGACGGCUCGGAGGGCUUCAGUGAUCUGUUCCAGGAGAACUCGAUGUUACAGAGAGAGAACGACACGCUACGCAUGCGAGUCAAAGCCAUGCAGGAGACCAUCGACCACCUCAACACACGGGUAACCACGCUCCUCGCCAACGAGGUCAGCACGCUGCUGGCCAAGUCGGGUGAGGGCAAUGAGGAGAUUGGUGCUCUGAUACAGAACUAUAUCAGAGAGAUCGAGGAGCUCAGAUCAAAGCUCCUGGAGAGCGAGUCGAUGAACGAGUGUCUUCGUCGCAGUGUAACCCGUCUCUCCUCCCGCUCCCCGUUCACCACCUCCUCCUCUCAUAGCUCCACCCCAGGGCCACACCCCUUAGGCUCCUCCCCUUCCCUUUCCAUGGAGGCGGAGAUGACGGACGUGAUACGUCGAGCCAAGACGGACAUCGAGAGGCUGAAGAAGAAGGAGAGGAGACAGAGGAGGAUGAGCCCAGAGAAAGAGAAAGGGUUGAAGAAACGAGCGAAGCUUCAUUCUCAUGAGAAUGGACAUAAUGGAGAAAACGGCCAGAUGGACUCGGAUGAGAACUACACAGAGGACGUGAUGUCACCUCUGCAGGAGGAGGAGAGUGGGUGUGACGAGGAAGAGGAGGAGGAGGAGGGGAGGGACGAAGAGGAGUUUGACAGUGAUGAGAGUCUGGUGGACUCCGACUCGGACUCUGAUGAGAAAGCUAAUUUCCAGGUGGAUCUGGCAGACCUGACGAGUGAGAUUGAGAUCAAGCAGAAGUUGAUCGAUGAGCUGGAGAACAGUCAGAAGAGACUGCUGCAGCUCAAGCUACAGUAUGAAGAGAAACUCAUCCUGCUGCAGAACAAGAUCAGAGACACACAGCUUGAGAGAGAUAGAGUACUGCACAACCUCUUGUCUAUGGAGAACUACACGGAGGAGAAGGCUAGCAGGAUUAAAUCCGAGUAUGAGAAGAGGCUGAAGGAGAUGAACAGAGACCUGCUGAAACUGCAGGCAGCACAGAAGGAACACACGAGGCUACUGAAGAACCAGGGACGCUAUGAACAGGAACUGAAGAAACUGCAGCAGGAGGUCAACGAGAUGAAGAAAGCCAAGGUGGCACUGAUGAAGCAGAUGAAGGAGGAGCAGCUGAGGAGGAGGAUGAUGGAGGCCAAGAGGAACAGAGAGAUCGCUCAGCUCAAGAAGGAGCAGCGACGACAGGAAUACCAGAUUCGUUCGUUGGAGAGUCAGAAGCGUCAGCAGGAGCUGGUACUGAGGAGAAAGAGCCAGGAGGUGACAGCCUUACGACGUUUGGCUAAACCCAUGUCUGGACGUAUGGCUAGACGACUACAGCCCCUAGACUCCGGAGCAGAACUGUCUGCCAGCACCACCUCCUCUGAACCAGAGUCCAACCGGACCACCUCAACCAAAGUGUCUAACAUAGUGAGACAGUGGAACACUAAGAUGAAUGGCUACCUGGGAGAGAGCGAGGGGAUUACCACCAACGGGACACAGGUUGUUGGCAGUAGGACGCGUGUCCAGCAGCGCAAGGGUGUUCUCGUGGGCAGCAGUAGUUUCUCCAAGGCGGCCCGUCAGAAGUGGCAGACUCUAGAGAGGAGGAUCCUGGACAUCGUCAUGCAGAGGAUGACCAUCACCAACGUCGAGGCCGACAUGGACCGACUCAUCAAGAAGCGAGAGGAGCUGUCUGUGCAGCAGGAGGCACUGUUGCGUAAAAGGCAGGUGCUUAUGGCUGAGGGAGAGGGGCCUGACGGGGAGGACCGCCUAGUCCAGGAAAUGAACGAGGACAUUGAGGUUCUGAAUGCAAACAUCGACUACAUCAACGACAGCCUAUCAGACUGCCAGGCAACCAUCGUUCAGAUAGAGGAGACCAAGGAUGAGCUGGACUCGGUGGACACCUCAGUGGUCAUCAGCUCCUGCUCUCUGGCUGAGGCCCGACACCUCCUGGACCACUUCCUCAAGGCCUCCAUUGACAAGGGUUUACAGGUGGCUCAAAAGGAGUCUCAGAUCCGUCUGUUGGAGGGCCAGCUGAGACAGACAGAUAUGAUUGGCUCUGCCCAUAACCACAUCAUCCUGGACGCGCUGAGAGAAAAGGCUGAGUGUAUCCCCGAGCUGCAGGCACUCAUACACAACGUACAGCAGGAGAAUGGUUAUGUCAGCACCGACGAGGAGCCUUCAGAGUUUAGCCAGCCCUCUGACGGCAGUGUGUCCCGGAUGAAGUCCUCAGCCAGUCAGGAUGACUGCAAGCUGAAGGUUCAGACUGAGCCCCGUCUGUCAGCCCAGAUGAAAGCGGUAUCGGCAGAGUACCUGGGUCCCGUGUUAGACCCGUCCACUAAGAACAUCACCAAGUCCCUGGCCUCCCUAACAGACAUCCAGGAGAACGGCGGCUCAGGUGGCCUGAGCCUCACUCUCCCCAUCUUUCGAGACAGGGUGUCCAGGACCAUCAGCCUGCCUGUCCGGGGACACACCUUUCCUCGGCAGUCUCGGGGGGGUGACACCUCCCCUCUAACAAGGAGGAAGUCUUAUGACCGAGGCCAGUCUUACAGAAAUGCUGAUGGGCAUACUCCCCCAUCUCCCCCUCUCAGAACCAGAAACGACCGCAAUGUCUUUUCAAGGCUCACCAGCAACCAGAGCCAAGGCUCCGCACUGGACAAGGGUGUGAUCACUCCCACGGGGGGAGUGAAGGGGGGACGGACGGCACCCCUCCAGUGUUCAGCCAUAGCAGAGGGACACUCUAAACCUGUCCUCUGUGUGGACGCUACAGAUGAACUGCUCUUCACUGGAUCCAAAGACCGGACGUGUAAGAUGUGGAACCUGGUGACGGGACAGGAAAUUGUCACGCUGAAAGGGCACCCCAAUAACGUGGUCUCAGUCAAAUACUGUUCCUCCUCCUGCCUCGUCUUCUCUGUCUCCACCUCCUACAUCAAGGUCUGGGACAUACGAGACUCUGCCAAGUGUGUCCGUACCCUCACGUCUUCAGGCCAGGUGGUAUCGGGGGAUGCGUGUGUGGGCACCACCACCCGUACCAUCACGGUGGCACAGGGUGAAUACCAGAUCAACCAGAUAGCUCUCAACCCCUCUGGCUCUGUUCUCUAUGCUGCUGCUGGUAACACCGUACGCACCUGGGACCUCAACAGGAUGAUGGCAUUAGGGAAGCUGACAGGUCAUAUAGGCUCAGUGAUGUGUCUCACUGUAGGUCAGUCUCUACUGGGCAAAGACCAGGUCAUCACUGGCUCCAAGGACCACUAUGUCAAGGUGUUUGACGUGGCAGAGGGCAUGCUGGGUAAUUUAGGCCCCGCCCACAACUUUGAGCCUCCGCACUAUGACGGCAUCGAGUGUCUGGCCAUCCAGGGAGACGUUCUGUUCAGCGCAUCACGAGACAACGGCAUCAAGAAGUGGGACCUGGAGAACCAAGAACUCACCCAGCAAAUCCCCAACGCCCAUAAGGACUGGGUGUGUGCGCUGGCAUACGUUCCAGGGCGACCCAUGUUGCUGAGUGCCUGUCGGGGAGGCAUGCUGAAGGUGUGGAACGUUGAUAACUUCACCCCCAUAGGAGAGGUCAAGGGUCAUGAGAGCCCCAUCAAUGCCAUUUGCACCAACUCCCGGCACAUCUUCACCGCUUCCAGUGAUAUGACAGUGAAGAUCUGGUCAGCAAAGGUGGGGAAGAAGAGGUGACGUUCGGUCGGAGCGUUAUUGUGACAUCAUUAUCUGCGGCCAUCUUUACUGAGGGCCUUCACCCCUGACCUCUGACCCUCUCACCUCAACCACCUCAGCCAAUCAGGUGUGACGCGGCAGGACUUCACGGUUACCAACCAUGACCGUGACGACCGGUGUGGAUGACGUGUCGUCGCAAAGUUCAGUCUCCUCCAGAAAGAUCCUGAUGAGGAGUGUGUCUUCAACUGAAAGGCAAAACGGGAAUCUUGAGAGUUUUUGCCUUUUCUUGUUUCUACUGCCAAUCCAACUGGAAGUGCAAUUGAGGUGUGAUGGGAUUUGGACAAGACAAAACCUUUAUUGUGCCAGAUAAUGGCUGUGUGAGGACAAAAAUCAGAAUGCCCAUGGGAUGUUCAUAGACACAGCUACUGACUGAUUCAUCUACUCCUAUUUAUUAGUCAUUCAAUGAAAACAAGGUCUCCCAGAGGUGAACUGACCCUUGGAGAACACCAUUUCUGAGCCAACUAAAGACUAUGUUUCUAUCUUCAGGGCUGUCUGUGUUUGAUUGUCUACUGGCUGAGAUGAACCAACUGGAAUUCAUGUAUAGCAAAGGGGGCUGAGAGAGCGAGUUGUUCAGUAUACAUGCAGUAUGUAUGUUGAAACCACUCGACAGUUUGUUGAGAGUUCACUUCAGCCCUUUGUGAUUCCCUGUCUUCAUCUCCAUGGAUGGGUUUUCUGUGGCCUCUACCUUGGCUGCAGGCUGCUGAGUCUGCAUUGAGAGAGCCUAGCAAUAAUAACAUCACUACUAACACCAGUCCUGGAGGAACACACACGCAUACACACACGCAUACACACUGCUGUCUUAUCAUGGUGGGAGUGCAGGAAUAAUAGUAUUAUUCACACUCGCACAGACACACCAACCCCACCGGACAGCGAUAUCUCCACAGGUGCCAAAGUUCAAGAUCGUUAUCUCUCCUGUCUCUAUGCGGCCGGAGACUGGCCCGCGUCCCACAUGGAACCUUACUUCCUAUGAAGUGCACUACUUUUGACCAGGGAUUAGGGUGCCAGUUGGGACACGCCCUCUCUCUCGCUCUCUCUCUUUCUCUCUCUCUCUCUCUCUCUCUCUCACUGAGGCUCUCAAGAGCUUCAAUAAGCGCCCCCCCAGGAAGUCACCAUUUCAACCGCUCCUCUCCUCUCACCCUGUGAGUCUGGUAUGCUGUGCGACCCCAUUCUGAGCUUAUUAGCUGUUGUAACUUCUGCAAAACUGGGUUUGAAUCACAGGAGGUUGGUGGCACUGUGAUUGUGGGGGACGGGCUUGUGGUAAUGGCUGGAGCGGAAUAAGUGGAAUGGUAUCAAACACAACAAGCACAUGGUUUGUUUGAUGUCAUUCCAUUCGUACCGAUCCAGCCGUCAUGAGCCGUUCUCCCCUCAGCAGCCUCCACUGGUUUGAGUACUAUUUGAAAUCUUUCAAAUAUUUGUCAGCAUUUCUUCUAGCCUGCCUGGAUUUGCCAGACGUGGCCCAUGAUGCCAGGCAUGCUCAAUCAAGCACCGAUAAAGUAUUUGGAAUUUCAAAUAGUAUUUGAGCCCAGGUCUGAACUGAUGACAACUGUAGCUGCAGACACCGAUAUAGCUCUAGUUCUGCGCCACAGAGACAGUGGUGGGGGGGAUGGUGAUGCUAGCCAGGCUAAUUGGCUGCUGUGUUAGCAGGUGGUGAUGAGUUAUGCUGCAUGAUGGGCAAAAGUCUGAUUAAGUAGGUCAGGACAGGGGAAGAGCGUUUGAGUCCCUAUUGGCACCCUAUUCCCUGCAUAGUGCACUACAUUUGACCAGAGUCCUAUGGGCCCUCGUCAAAAGUAGUGCACUAUAUAAGGAAUGGGGUGCCGUUUGGGACGCACACUUUACCAGAUCUUUGUUUAUUCCGUUCAGUAGUUUUAAAGAAGGAACCCUUCCCUGCUGUGUGUGUGCCUUUGGGGUAGUGUGGGGGCGACGCCUGGCUUCACACACACACACAUGCUUUUAGGUUAUCCAUCUUGCCUGGCAGGGCUUGGCUUCCUUCAGCUCUGAGAUUUACUGUCUGCUAAGUUAAACAUAUUUGUCUUCUAGCCCUCCCGCGCACACACACGCACACACACACUCAUGUGGCUAACCACUAUCUCCAGGCACCUUUGAUCAGAGAAUCUUCCCUCCUAACCCUUUUAGAAGGGGACAUUCUAAUCCAUUCCCACUGACAAUGUCACAACGUAGAACAUUCCGAAGAAAUUGUGAAAUUCUCACACUCCUCCCUGAGGAUCGGAAAUAUCUUUAGAUGCCUAGUGAGCGACUGAGCCACGUGUAACUCGCAGCAUUUCUUCUCCUGUGAAUAUAUCUAGUUGUUAUUGAGUGCACUUUAUCUGGUAAAGACUUAGAAACGUGUGCACUGCACUGUGAUCAAAUGGAUGACGUUAGAGGAAGGGGUUGGUGGUCCAAUAUAGCAAAAGAAAAGUAUCCCAAAUGAAAUCUACUGCAAUGAGAAUCUCAAAUCAUGUCUUUUGUAGAGCUGUCUUUGAAGUCUGAAUCAAUGGUGUCUCUCUUACGAGACAUGUGGAUGCUGCUAACAUGAUGUAAAUAGUUUGAUAAAUAGAAACAUAAGACAUAAGAUGACACAAUCACGUUAUCCUGAGCCUAGGUUUAGGUUUGAGUUGAAGGUAGAGGGAGUUUAUACUAUACACAGAUCCAGUUUUAUAGUCUCUGUAUGUAGCCCAUUACGCCUUGUUUUUAAAGCCAUUUGAAUGUGUUUAAGGUACAAUCGAUGUUCCUUUGUCAUAGAGGAAUAUCUAUGGAAUAUCUAUGUAAUCUCCAUCGACUUUUAGGACUUCUUUAAUAACGUCAAACUAUCAUGCAUUUUUUGUUGUUGUUGUUGUCAACUCCCUUUUUUAUAUUGUAUUUUCCAAAUCCUCUAUCAUCUCCCAUGGAUGACCAGGCUUAACAUGAAGGAUGUUGAACACCCACAGCUGUGCCAAUCACCUAUAGCUAGCUAACUAUGUGGUGCUCUACUCUGUUCACUGUUCCAGGAUCAGCCUUUCUGCUCCUUCGCUCAGUGUGUUUCGCAGCAGCUGUUCGAGGAAGCUCUGUGGUACCUUAAAAGCGCUUUAAAGGUGCCCCUGCUUGUGCAUUUGCUGUAGAACAGAGCUGCGUGAACAUAGCGGUUGUGAUGGUAGGAGAGGAGGAAGCCUCAGAACCAUGAGCAGAAUUAAUAUUCCAACCGAAUGUUCAGUCACACUUUAUUUGGAUAGUGCGGAUAGUCCGUCUGUGGUCAUACCAUCAACAAAUAAUCUGUUGACCGGCAACUGCUUGCUAAGUUUAGGUUUAGAAUAAGGGUAAGGGUUCAUUUUUGGAUUAGGUUAAGGGUUAGGGCUACUAGAUAGUUACUGAUCAUCUACAGAUGGCCUAUCCGAAAUAAAGUGUUACCGAAUGUUCUAAUUGAUGACGUCACACAGGUCCUGUUUUAAUUCCGGAACAGGACGCCGAUGAGAACAAUCAAAAUGCUCACCUCGUAGUCUCAAAGGGUUAACCACACAGCCAAAUUAGAACCCCUCUCCUGUCCAGUUGGAAGAGCUGCUACUGACCGAGCAUGUCUGACAGCCAUGUCCACUCGCUAUAGAUUCCUAGGCUUCUUCUCUCGUCUCCAUCGGUACCUCUCUUGUUGGCUGGAUCACCUGUAUACAUGUGUAUUAUGCUGUCUAUCGGAGGGGAGAUUUGAGCACAGUUAUUGACUUCCUGGUUAUCCGGCGCCCCGACAAAAAGUCGACUGAUUGUCCUACCCCGUGUGCAGAUAUGACCGUCUGUAUAUCUACCCGAGCUUAAACGUUCACCUAAUUUAGAAAAUGAACCACUCAGCCUAUCAGCACCACGUCUCUGCCGCUUGCCUCUGCUAUGGCUCUAAACACCAGUGAUUCUAUUUUUUUUUAGCAGAGAUGGUCUGUGAAUAAAGUGACCUGACGUGGAAUGGCAACAACCAACAAAAGCGUCGAACGGUGCACUUUGGCUGCUCUACUAGUGGUCUGGAUCACUCGUACUGUAGAUGUGCUAAGAUUGUUAAGAGCCACGUUGCUCACGAAGGCUCUGGGAAACACCUUGUCUACUAAAGAUACAUUGUAAGAAAUGUAUCUAAUAUGUUCUGAUAUCUAGGCCUAAUUCAAACACUGACCAGAGCUGGUAUAUGUGUAAUAUUUUGAGUUGCUGCUCAGAAGUGCACACAAUUAGAGGUCACACGGCGGGAUGGCGUCCCGUUGUCGGCUCUGUUUCUCUCUAUUUCUGUUUCACAGGCAAAGUGGACAGUAACGGGUAUCUGGUGGUAUCUGUGAACCAGGGUCAAAUGUCAUACCAGGUGCCUUUUUUUUCAUAGGCUCCUCCCCCUACGGACUACUGUAAGUGUUUGUACAGAUAACAUUGUGUCUCUUUUUCUUACAAUGUGCAUGUGACCAAAUACCAUGUAAAAUACCUUGACAUUUAAAAACUGUAAGUAGAUUUAUUAUUUAUUGAUGGAUCAAUAAAAUGUUCCUUCAAUUAAAUAAAAAACUUCAAAGAAUAAAAUCGGUGGUCUCAAAAGUA